UCACACAGCGCUCACUCGCAUCACACGCACGGUGCCCCCACCCCACGAUUAACCUCCCCAGUGCGGGCCCCCACCACCACCACCACCGACUCUCCCGAUUCCUACAUUUUCUCAAAAAUGCCACAGCGGGGAAUCCAACUGGUGCGCGCAGCAGAAUUGAGGCGCGGCGAGAGACAGCAGGAGCCUUCGCGGUGACUUCAUAGCAUCGUCGUGGUCGUCUUCGUCGCCGGUCAACAACAACAACGACAACGUCGUCACCAUCACCGUCGUCACAAAGGCGGCGAGCUCGUGGGCGAAGAUGCGCCGCGGAUUUGUCACCGUGGCCGCGGCGCUGUCUGUCCUCGCCGGAGGAAACGGACACGGGGAUGUUCGCUGCCCACUGCCAAAGAAACAGGGCGACCUCAACUCGUUCCUGUGGCGCGUGGAGCGCUCUCCGCCGGCCUUCCUCUUCGGCACCGUGCACGUCCCCUACGAGCGCGUGUGGCCCUUCGUGCCGGGCAACGCGAAGCGCGCGUUCGCGCUGUCGCACAGCGUCUACUUCGAGCUCGACGUGUCGGAGCCGCGGACCAUGGAGGCGCUCUCGGCCUGCCAGAGGCUGCCGCACGGCGAGACGCUGCCGGGCGAAGCGCUGCCGGUGGCACUCUACUCGCGGCUCAAGCAUCACCUGGAGUACGUGCGUGGCAUGAUGCCCGUGUGGCUGGGCUCCAAGCCGGCACCGGCGUCUCGGUUCGACGACUCAGGCGGCGGCAUCCCGAGCGGCGCCGCGUCGGCCGAGCUGCUGUUCCGUGCUCUGGCGGGCGACUGGGAGCGCAAGCGUCCCGUGUGGCUGCUGCUGCUGGCGGCGUCGCUCACGGAGGGCGACGUGCGCGGCCGCCGGGUGCCCUCCCUGGACGCGCACCUGGCGCGGCUCGCGCGGCGGCAGCGCAAGAGGAGCGGCGCCGUGGAGCGCGUCCACGAGCAGUGCGCUCCGCUCAACGCCAUCAACGGCACGCAGGUGGUGGCGGCGCUGGAGGAGACGCUGACGCGCCUCGAGCGCCUCCGCGCCGGCACUGCCCCCGAGCGCUCGACGCCCACCGAGGAGCUCAUCCUGCAGUACAACUGCGGGGAUCUCGCGUCGCUCAUCCUGAGGCCGGAGGGGGCCGGGCAAGGCUGGCAGAGGGCCGUCGGCACGGAGGGCAUGGCCGGCCAGGCCCUCAUGUGGGAGCUGGAGAAGUAUUUCCGCACGGAGCUCGUCGACAAGCGGAACGCGCGCAUGGCCCGGCGCGUCCACUCGCUGCUCGUCCGCCAUCCCGACAGGAGCUUCUUUUUCGCGUUCGGAGCAGGACACUUUCUGGGAAACGGCUCGGUGAUCGACGGUCUACGGCACCAGGGGCUCCGCAUCCAUCACGUGCCCCCCGAUGGAAACAUUGACAGUCUCAACUUCACUCUGGUGACUCCAGUCCCCGACGGAGCCGGAGAUGCCAGGAAAACGCAUGCCAGGACCACGGACCCCAUGUCCAGCCAGCGCCACAUGGGAGAGACGCUCGCUAACUGGGCUGACGUCAGAGCCGGAGAACGGGCCUCCAGCAAGCACAGGCAGUUCAGCGACCUGUGGGUGAAACUCCAGGGCAGCGACGUCGCCACGACGCCAGCGGCUGCUCAGCGACGGGCGGUGAACGCCACGGCGGUGGAGGAGGAGGAGAAAGGGUAA